AAGUAACGCUUCCUCGCUGGUAGAUUGUUGACGCUGCAUCUCCAUAGCGACUUCCACAAAGAACUCCAAGUCCCAUCAUUCUUAGCGUUGUGAUCCCGGAAGUAGUUGACCUUCAUUGAGAGUGGGCUGACGAACACACGACGCGGUAACCUUCUGCCCCACACAAAGAAGCAGCCAUGCCGCCCGGGCCUGUAGCGAUCGUUCAGCCUGAACCCAACAUCCCGAAUGAUGAACCUGUGGAGGAAACACCAGCUACUAAACCUAUAGUUGGUAUUAUUUACCCGCCCCCAGAGGUCCGAAACAUCGUCGAUAAGACAGCCAGCUUUGUUGCCAGAAACGGACCCGAGUUUGAAGCUAGGAUUCGGCAGAAUGAGAUCAACAAUCCCAAGUUUAAUUUCCUCAACCCCAACGACCCUUACCAUGCCUACUACCGCCACAAAGUCACAGAGUUCAAGGAGGGCAAGGGACAGGAGCCAUCUGCAGCGGUGCCUAAGGUCAUGCAACAGCAGGCCCUGCAACAGUCACAGCAGCAACCUCAAAAGUCCCAGGUGAUUCAUGAGGCAGUGAUCCCCAAAGAACCGCCCCCUGAGUUUGAGUUCAUCGCCGAUCCUCCGUCCAUCUCUGCGUUUGACCUCGACGUCGUCAAGCUCACCGCCCAGUUUGUUGCCCGUAACGGCCGUCAGUUUCUUACCCAGCUCAUGCAGAAAGAGCAAAGGAACUACCAGUUUGACUUCCUACGGCCCCAGCACAGCCUGUUCAACUACUUCACCAAGCUGGUUGAGCAGUAUACAAAGAUCCUCAUCCCACCCAAGGGCCUCUUGCAAAAGAUGAAACGGGAGGCGGAGAAUCCAAGAGAUGUGAUGGACCAGGUGAAGUACCGUGUGGAGUGGGCCAAGUUCCAGGAGCGCGAGAGGAAGAAGGAAGAGGAGGAGAGGGAGAAGGAGAGGGUGGCCUAUGCACAAAUCGACUGGCACGACUUUGUUGUGGUGGAGACUGUGGAUUUCCAGCCCAACGAGCAGGGUCACUUCCCUCCACCCACCACACCUGAAGAGCUCGGCGCUCGCAUCCUCAUCCAGGAACGCUACGACAAGUUUGGGGAGAGUGAGGAGGUUGAGAUGGAGGUGGAGAGCGAUGACGACGAAGACGGGCGCGAGGAUCGCAAUAAUGGCCAGCCUGCGCAGCCGGACCAGGACACCCAAGUGCAGGACAUGGACGAGGGAUCUGAUGAUGAGGAGGACGGAAUGAAGGCUCCUCUUCCCCCAGACAACCCCAUGCCCCCUCCGCUGCCUCCUACGCCAGAUCAGGUCAUCAUCCGCAAGGAUUACGACCCCAAAGCCUCCAAGCCUGCGCCCGUGGCCACAACCCCGGAUGAGUACCUCAUCUCGCCCAUCACCGGAGAGAAGAUCCAGGCAAGCAAGAUGCAGGAGCACAUGCGUAUCGGCCUGCUGGACCCCCGCUGGCUGGAGCAGAGGGACCGCAGCAUCCGCGAGAGGCAGAUCGAGGACGAGGUGUACGCCCCGGGACAGGACAUCCAGAGCAGCCUGAAGCAGCUGGCCGAGAGGCGUACCGAUAUCUUUGGUGUGGAAGAAACGGCCAUCGGUAAGAAGAUCGGAGAGGAAGAGAUCCAGAAGCCAGAGGAAAAGGUCACUUGGGACGGUCAUUCUGGUAGCAUGGCGCGUACACAGCAGGCCGCCCAGGCCAAUAUCACCCUGCAGGAGCAGAUCGAGGCCAUCCACAAGGCCAAGGGCCUGGUGGGAGAGGAUGACGGCAAAGAGAAGAUUGGCCCCAGCAAGCCCCACGAACUCCGUCACCAGCCUCCCAUCUCCUCCCCCAUCCUACCCAGACCCAAUCUCCCGAUGCAGGUGCCUCGGCCACAAUCUUCCAUGCUGCCUCCGGUGCGUACCACCCUGCUCUCUGCCGUGCCGGUUCUCCCGCGGCCACCCAUGGCCCCCGUGGUGCGCCUGGCCUCCGGGCAGGUCCUAACCCCCAUGCCGCAAAUGAUGCACAAUCCCCGCAUCAACGUGGUGCCCAUGCCUCCUUCCAACCCCCACAUCAUGGCUCCCAGGCCGCCUCCUAUGGUGGUCCCUUCUGCCUUCGUCCCCGCCCCACCAGUGCCCCAGCCACCGGCCCCCGCACCCCCGUCCCACCCACCCCCUCCUCGUGACGAUGAACCCAUGAACAAGAAGAUGAAGACUGAGGACAACCUCAUGCCCGAAGAGGAGUUUCUGCGCAGGAACAAGGGCCCUGUGGCGGUUAAAGUCCAGGUUCCUAACAUGCAGGACAAGACCGAAUGGAAGCUAAGUGGGCAAGUGCUCAACUUCACCGUUCCACUAACGGACCAGGUAUCUGUUAUCAAAGUCAAAAUCCACGAGGCCACAGGCAUGGCUGCUGGAAAACAGAAGUUACAGUACGAGGGUAUUUUCAUCAAAGAUUCAAACUCCUUGGCUUACUACAACAUGAACAAUGGUGCAAUCAUUCACUUGGCCCUGAAAGAGAGAGGAGGCAGGAAGAAGUGAAGCAGGCAUCCAGGGAAAUGUAUUCACAAUGUUUAACCUGAUUUUUUUCUUUUAUUCGUGCCCUGCAAUAUUGCCCCCCACGAUUGUAUUUGGGUUUUGGUUUAUAGCAUCAACAGACAAAAAGAAAUCCCACAAUAUUUUAACAUGGAUUCUGUCUUGUUCCCUUUGUUUUAAGUCACCUGGCUUCAGUUGACUUGAUUUGUUUAUAACAUCAACAGACCAAAAUAAUGCCAACAAUAUUUUAACAUUGAUUCUGUCUUGUUCCCUUCGUUAUUAGUCACAUCUAUUCGGUUGUCUUGAUAAAUGUGUUGUGAAGUGGUCAGUUAGUUUAGAGUGUAAUGCUCUUGAACUCCUCAAUAAAGGACAAUACAUGUA